UUUCCCGGCGGCCAAUUCCACUACCGCACACAGCCGCCAUCUCCUUCCAUUCUCAUCUAUCUCGCCGAGGGUUUCCCGGCAGCUACCUCCUCCGACGGCCAACGAGCACCCCCCACUCUAAUUCAUAUCCAUUGGCGACCUGCAAGAAGAAAAUAGCAUCGCCUCUGACGGACAUCCCCAACCAUCUCCUGGCCGAGAACUUUCUCCAUCUUCCCACUCCAGAAGAUCUCGCCCGAGCCUCCGCGGCCUGCGUCCCCUUCUGUUGACUCGCCACCCAAGGCUCCUUCCUCUCCAUGCCCCGCUCCACCUCGCGAUCCUCGACAAGGACGGGUUCCACCCACCCCUCUCGCCUCACCCUUCCGCACCCGCCGCCCGCACGCUCGCCCUCGAGGCCGACUUCACCUUCUCAUUCCUCCCAUCCCACCGUCAUUGGAUGAAACAGGACACCCGCGAUGGCCGCGUCCUCCUCAGCUGCGCCACCAAGGGUUAUGGUUAUGAGAACCCAAUCUUUGGGGAGCUCGUGGUUUGCGACCCCUUGCACCGGCGUUAUGUCCUGCUCCCCCCGGUACCGAAUGACCUAGCAGCUUCGGUCGAGCGCCCGUUCAACCACCCUUUCCUCACUCCCCUCACCAAGGAUGAGGCGACGACUUCAUUCAGGGUGAUCUGUUUGGCAGGGGGCGAAACUAAGCUGGUUGCCUUCGCCUUCUCUACGACCAUCGGACAAUGGCAAGCUGCUGCAUCCAAGGCCUGGAGUGAUUUGGCCCUUAGCAGUGUCGACUUGAUCAAGAUGUCCCUGGCCCACCCUUCUAUGCUCAGGCGCCAUUAUGCAUAUGGUUGCUUCUACUGGGACUGGCUGGUCGUCAGGAGGAACCUGUUGCUCAUGCUUAACACCAGGAGGAUGGAGUUCUUACUUGCUUACCUCCCACCAGGUGAAUGGAGUGCAAAAGGCGUAGCCAUUGUUGAGGCAGGGGAAGGCAGGCUUGGGAUGUUUGGUCUCCUUGGUGAAAAUGAAUUUGCAUCUGGUCUCAGUUAUACCAUUUUGCGAAACAGAGGCGAGACUCCCGACAAGUGGCUGAUGGAGAAGACAAUCUCACUAGAUUUUGGGUACCUGUAUUAUAUCAAAGCUGUAACUGAGAGAUAUUUGCUAUUGAUGAGGACAAAAUUCCUGCCAGGCUCACCUCCACUCCUUGAGUAUUUCUCAAUGGACAUCAAGACAUUGCAGCUACAGAGCGUUUGUGCAAAACAAUGAAAGCGUAUACUAUCAAGAUAAGCAUACAUCCCUACUUUUUUCAAACCGGGAUAUAUACCAACUUCCCACCAUCGUUGCUGCCUCCACAGACAGUAUGAAGUGAUUCAGUGGAGUCGCAGUGAGAUGCUUUCUGAGUUCAAAGUGAUCGCAGUUUUUGAUAGCGCGGGGUUGUCGCGGAUGUGAUCACCUUGCUGAGAAGAUGCUGUGUGACAGUCUACAGAGUUUCACGUGGCUGUGGUCAUGUCAAUCUACAGAAUUCCAUGCUAGCUCUAGAUUGAGUUAACAUGGUGUAACAUGGGUGUGCUGCUUCGUGGAUGAGAAUGUGACAAAUGGA